CGGCUGUGAACAUUCCUUGGCCUUUUCAAUUAAUUAUUGAUAGUUUCAAGCGAGUUAAAAUACCCCCUCCUCAUACAACAAGAAAAAAUGCACGACUUAAAAGCAUAUCAAAAACUCCACCAUAUGCCGGUCAAAGAUGUUAAGUUCGCGCUACAAGAAAUUCCAUUUAAAUGGAAAGAAACUAACGCACGGAUCAUGGACAUAGGAUGUGGCGAUGGAAGUGUCACUGUGAACGUUUGGAAAAAGUAUAUGCCGAAUAACUUCAUGAAUAUUGUUGGGAGUGACAAGAGUCAAUACUGUGUAGAUUUUGCGACAGAGCAUUAUGAGAGUAAACGCGUUAAGUUCAUAAAACUUGACAUUGAGGAAGAGAUACCUGAAGAGCUAGUUGAAAGUUUUGACCACGUGAUCUCGUCUUAUACAUUUCACUGGGUAAAUAUGCAAGAGACUGCAUUUUCAAAUGUGUACAACCUUUUGGCGGUAGGCGGCAAUUGUCUGUUAAUUUUCCUUGGAUAUUUCAAACCGUAUGAAAAUUACCGCAAACUUUCCCGUACACCAAAAUGGAGCGCGGAUCUUGAAAAUGUUGCUACUAAGUUUAUGUCGCCGUACCACGACUCACAGGAACCAGAACACGAAAUAAUUAGAAUGAUGCAACGUGUUGGUUUCCGAGACAUCGAUGUAACAUCGCAUCACAAAACCUUUAAUUAUGUUCGUGGCGUGGAUGACUUUAAACUGCUUAUGAAAUGCCUGAACCCCUUCGACAGCUUGAAGGACAAAUGGGAAGAUUUCAUGGAUGACUACGUCAAGUUGGACCCGGAGGCCGGAACCAGCGUCUAUCAGUUACUGAUUGUUUAUGGUGCCAAGUAAUCAUUAAGGUACAGUCGCCAUCAGAUAUAUCGGAGCGGCCAUCGGCCAAGGUGUUCACAAUAUCUGAACGAGCACUCUAACGCCUUGACAAUAGAGGCGUGCUCAGAUAUUUGUGAGCACCUUGGCCGCUCCGAUAUAUCUGAUGGCGAUUGUACCCAUUAAUCUUAUGAAGGGGUGACCCAAAGUCGAGUUAUCCGGUGAUAAUAAAACUAAAUAUUUUUUUUAGUAAAUUCGGUAAAUAUUCAAAUUUGUUUAUAUUAAAUUUGCGAUUCUUUGAAAUUGACUAUUGUAGGGAAAGGACUACAACUGUAAUCUCGCAUCCACAAAGCAUAACUAAAUAUUAUAGGUAGGUACUGUUGCAGGCAGAUUGUUUAAAUGUAAUUGCCAAUUACUUAACCAAGAUGAAGAUUUAAAUUAAGGAAAUGUCAAUGCUAGUUCAGUAGUUGUUGGGCGCGCUAACCUAAAAAUAUUGGUAUAAAUAUUUGGUUGAAUUGUGAUAGAAAGAUUUUUUGUGUGUUAGAAUUACAGAUUUAUUUAUUUGAUUUGUAGUAGAAGAUAAUAUUUCAACAGUGAUUACAAUAAAUGGAUUAAAAUCUAUGAUCUGAUUUUGUAGAUGACUUUGUAAAUUAAACAUUGAUUAUCCAAGAUAA